CUUGUUCAAAUAUUUGUGUUGCUCUUCAUUAAGAAGAUAGUUUGCAAUAUACAGGUUAUGUUAACAAAUACUAAAUAACAAAGUUAAUAGACAGCUAAACCAUGGGGCAAGUGGUGGCCAAGCAAGUGUCUAAGAAUCUUGCAAGGCCAGACUCUGGACCAUUUGGAUGGCUUGUUGCUAGAAAAUUUUUGCAACUCAAUAAAGUCCUUGAGGUGAAUGCUGUAAAAGUGUGUGACAUACAGCCAGAUGACAAGGUCCUAGAGGUGGGUUUUGGACCAGGGUUAGGGCUUCAAGCAGCUUAUAAGCGUGUUAAAGAUGGAAAAGGAGAAGUCCAUGGGAUAGAAAUUUCUGAAAGAAUGCUGAAGAUGGCUGAAGGUAGCCUCAGCCAAGAAAUCUUAGCCAAGAAAGUGCAACUGAAAUUUUGCUCAGUGAAAAAACUUCCUUAUGACCCGAACUACUUUGAUAAGAUCUUCCAUGUGAACUGUUACUAUUUUUGGCCUGACCUUGACAUGGCCAUGCAAGAACUCCAGAGAGUAAUCAAACCCCAAGGAAAACUAGUGACAACGCUGAAUCUUGAACGGCUUAAAGAGGUGAAGAGCAAGAAUAUGAUGCAGUGUGGAAAUUUCGACCCUGAUCGAUACAUGAAAGCACUGGAACGUAACGGCUUUACCAACAUUAAGAUGGCUGACAUAAAAGACAAGAUUGCCUUUCAAUCAAUAACAGCUACUGCAAACAAAAAUUAAGAAACAUGUUGUGAGCAAAAUGAUAUCUGGUUUAUUAUUGGAAGACAGAUGGAUACUGUUGUUUUUUUUGUCAUAUACACAUAUGUACUGAUUUUUUACUUUCAGUAGAUGAUGUAUGUAUGACUAAUUAUGACCAUUUAAUAAUACAAACAAAACAAGCUUC